AGCCCAGCUUCUCCGUGGCGUCCCUCUUUCCUCAGCUGACCCCAGCCCACAAAUCCCUGCCUUGCUCCUUCCAGCCUUCACUCAGUCCCAGGGAUGGCUCUGCAGGAUGUGUGCAAGUGGCAGGCCCCCGACACCCAGGGACUGUCACCUCACCUGCUUCAGGCUGGCGGCUGGGCUGUGCCCCGGGGCUGUGACCCUCAAACCUUCUUGCAGAUCCACGGCCCCAGGCUGGCCCACGGCACCACCACCCUGGCCUUCCGCUUCCGUCACGGAGUCAUUGCUGCGGCUGACACGCGUUCCUCCUGUGGCAACUACGUGGCUUGUCCAGCCUCAUGCAAGGUCAUCCCUGUGCACCAGCACCUCCUGGGCACCACCUCUGGCACCUCCGCUGACUGUGCCACAUGGUACCGGGUGCUACAGCGGGAGCUGCGGCUGCGGGCACUGAGGGAGGGGCAGCUGCCCAGUGUGGCCAGUGCUGCCAAACUCUUGUCAGCCAUGAUGUCCCACUACCGGGGGCUGGAUCUGUGUGUGGCCACUGCCCUGUGUGGCUGGGACCGCUCGGGCCCGGCCCUCUUCUAUGUGUACAGUGACGGCACCUGCCUGCAGGGGGACAUCUUCUCAGUGGGCUCUGGAUCUCUCUAUGCCUAUGGCGUGCUGGACCGCAGCUACCGCUACGACAUGACCACCCAGGAAGCCUACGCCCUGGCUCGCCGCGCCGUGGCCCACGCCACGCACCGUGAUGCCUACUCAGGGGGUUCUGUAGACCUUUUUCACGUGCGAGAGAGUGGAUGGGAGUACGUGUCACGCAAUGAUGCCUGGGUGCUGUACUCGGAGCUGCAGAAGCUACCGGAGCCAGAGAAGGAAGAGGAGGAGGAGGCCAGCCAGGCCCAUCCUGAGCCUGCCGCCCCGCAAAGAGCUGGUGAACUCUCUGUAGGGGCUGGAACUGGGAGACUACAGGAUGCCUGCAGAGACUGAGACGCUGUGAGAAGCGACAGGACUCGGGGU